CUCCGAAACGAAGCCCGCUUCUUGGAAAGUAGGGCCCUCGCUUUCCGGCGCUGGCAGCACCCCACUCGUCGGUUCACAGACAAGCAUGAAUGGAUAUCCGUUGAAAACGGUGUUGGAACCAUAGGAAUUAGCAACUUUGCACAGGAAGCAUUAGGGGAUGUUGUUUAUUGCAGUCUUCCAGAAAUUGGAACAAAGCUGAACAAACAGGAUGAAUUUGGGGCUUUGGAAAGCGUGAAGGCUGCUAGUGAAGUCUACUCUCCCGUCACGGGAGAAGUCACAGAAAUUAACACUGCCCUUGCUGAUAAUCCAGGGCUUGUCAACAAAUCUUGUUACCAAGAUGGUUGGCUUAUCAAGAUGACUGUGGAUAAUCCUUCUGAACUCGAAGACCUCUUGAGUGAAGAUGCGUAUGAGAAAUACAUCAAAUCCAUUGAGGAGUAGCUAGAAGGUGCUAAGUUGAGCCAGUACCAACUGCUUUCUUCGAUGUAGAUUGUCCUAAAUUAGUGGCACAAAGAGAAGUUGGCGCAGCAGCUGGUUGAGGAAGUUUUCAAGGAGAAAAGCACUGCCUUUCUUCGAAUUGCGCUAAACAUUGUCCACAAAUGUCUGUAAAUCAAAACAUUUGUAGCUUCUCUUACUAGGCAGCGUCAUGAGUAGUUUUGACUUUCCUCCCUUCCAUCCUAAUGAAUAUAAUUCCAUGAUGUCAAAGUUCGAAGUCCAUAAUUCCUUCUGGGGUAGAAUGACCUUUGUUCCUAAAAUGAACCCAGACUGUUGAUAAGAUAGACCUGGAAAAUGAUGCAACAGCCUUAAUUCCACCACACAUUGUGCUUUUUAUUUGUACAGAUUUUCUUCCUUUUCUUUCCACCAUUCCUCCCAGGGCAUCUGUUUUCAGUCAGUUUUUGGUCAUCCAAAAGCUGCCGUGUUGCCUUUGGUAUUAGUGAAAGUCCUCAAAGAUUAGAGCAGAGCUGGAUUUCAUGGUUUGAAGUGCAAGUGCUGGGGUGGAGGCGUGGAGAUCUUCUCCAGCAGAAGCUUCCUGCCUUGCAGCAGAUAAGAUAAGAGAAGUUAAUAAAAAAUCCUGACUUUA